ACGUCAUCGUUACGUCACGCGGGCACGAAAAACUUGGCCCCUCUAAUAACACUGGCCACUGGCUGCAGCUUGUAGUCAGCUACGAUCAACUAUGUUCGUCUACAAUUAGCUAUUUCGCUGUACGUGGUAUAUACUCAAAGUCACAUGGAAGUUUGUAAAUAAUUUCUCAUUAUAUAUUGCAAAAUUUUACGUCAUAUAUAAAAUAUGUCGCGACAUCGAGACGUCCGUUGUAUGAAUUAUUCAGAUGAAUAUGAUGGCUACGAUGAUGUAUAUGGGCAUUCAGUAGAGGACGAUUAUUGUGUAUCACCUAGUGUGGAGCAGUUUUUGUUUGAUCGAAGCAAACAACAGAAUAUUGCUUCAUUUAUCACCGAACCAGAUAUAGUAGAAGACAAUGAGGACAUUGAUGAAUCUUCGACAUCCCUUAAUGAAGAUAAAUAUGAUCUUCCCAAAUUGGAAAAGGCAAAGCUAAUAUAUUGUUUAGAAGCAAUCAGAAGCGUCAUAGGUGAUACUGUGUCUGAAUCUAAGUUGAAAGAAAAAAUUAUUGCAUCAAACUUUGAUACAGAUGUAGCGCUUGAUGCUAUUUUAAAAGAAUCUUCGCCGAAAAAUGAUCCAGCAAUAAGUAAAGAACGAUUGGAACGGUAUCCAGGUAACAAAUUAUCAUCUAAGUCUGCAUUGCAAGUUACAACGCCUUCUACCGUGAAGGUUGUACCCGCCGGAACAAAACCCGUCGUAAAGGGUUUCGAUUUAAGCGGUGUAGAAAACGCAGAUUUACUGAAUCCACGCUGCGUGAGCCCGUCUUCCAAUCGAAACAGUCCUGAAACCAAACGCAAAGAGGAUAUCAUACAGAGAGAGAAGAAAACGGUUUCGUCGAAAACUAACAGUCCGAGAUGUCAGUCACCCAUAUCAGGUCAUGUAACACCAGAAUUAGAUCUCAAAGGAAAAUCCAACGCAGCUAAUGAAGAAAAAGUUGAUGUUCAAGCAAUAUACAAGAGUAAGAGAGGUGAUAACAAGGAGCAGCUUCACUUGGUAGUUGUGGGACAUGUCGACGCUGGAAAAAGCACGUUGCUGGGACGACUACUAUGUGAUUUGGGUCAAGUGCCGCAGAGACUCAUUCACAAAUAUCAGCAAGAGAGUAAGAAGAUAGGGAAGCAGUCUUUUGUCUACGCUUGGGUGCUCGAUGAAACUGGUGAAGAAAGAGAGCGAGGAAUAACGAUGGAUAUAGGUCAUUCGAAGUUUGAAACGGACACAAAGUCUAUCACUCUCCUAGAUGCGCCUGGCCACAAGGAUUUUAUUCCAAAUAUGAUCACUGGCGCUACGCAAGCGGACGUAGCUUUAUUGGUGGUUGAUGCGACCAGAGGCGAGUUUGAAACUGGAUUUGACAGCGGGGGACAAACACGCGAGCACGCACUGUUACUUCGUUCUUUGGGAGUAUCGCAACUAGCAGUAGUCGUAAAUAAACUUGAUACUGUAAAUUGGUCGAAGGACAGAUUCAACGAGAUAGUCGACAAAAUGAGCGUUUUCUUGAAACAAGCUGGCUUUAAAGACACUGUUACCUUUGUACCUUGUAGUGGUUUAUCCGGCGAAAAUAUCGUGACGAAACCAAAGGAGCAGCUCUCUAACUGGUAUACCGGACCUACUUUAAUCAAUGUAAUUGAUAAUUUCAAAUGCCCGGAGCGACCUGUAAAUAAACCAUUCCGUUUCUCGGUCAACGAUAUAUUUAAGGGUACCGGGUCCGGAUUCUGUGUAUCUGGUCACGUUGAAACGGGUAUGGUGUCCUUAGGUGACAAGAUAUUAAUACUACCUCAAAACGAGAUUGCGGUCGUUAAAGGUCUCCAGUUGGACGAAAUCUCGAUGGUAAACACAUUCGCCGGUGAUCAUGUUGCGCUGACAUUAGCAGGGAUCGAUCAGCAAAACGUAGGCAUCGGCGAUAUUAUUUGUAAUCCGCAGAAUCCAGUGCCCGUAACAACGUGCUUUCAAGCGCACAUAGUUGUAUUUGCGAUAGCGAGACCAAUCACGAAAGGGCUUCCAGUGGUGAUGCAUCAGCAGUCUUUAGUACAGCCAGCGUUUAUCACGAAAUUAAUAGCGCAGCUUCAUCGAGGUACCGGUGACAUGAUCAAGAAGAAACCGCGCUGCUUACCGAAGAAUUGUAGCGCAAUCAUCGAGGUUGCAACACAAAAUCCAGUCUGUAUGGAGUUGUACAAGGAUAUUAAGCAGCUAGGAAGAGUUAUGUUACGAUUAGAGGGUACCACCAUUGCAGCUGGUUUGAUUACAAAGAUUUUGUAAAUUUGAAACUACACAUCUCGAAAAUGGAGUCUCAACAAUAAGCAACAUAAUUUUUCCACAGAGGUAUCACUUAGAUCUAUAUAUACAUUGCUCUUGUAUUUGUAUAUUACACAGGCUGAUAAAUAAAAAUUUGCUAGGUUGUUACUUUAUUUUAUUUACAAUAAUACAGAAGAUUGUUUUUUACUGACUUAAAGACUUUUUCCUUAGUUAAUAUGUAUCAUGCAAAAUAUUUGUGUGUUUGUAAUAUAUGUUGAAUGUCAAAUUAAUUUAAUAUGUCCAAUAAAGAUACGAUCAUUA